AUGAUUCGCUUUCUCACCUUUGCUGGUAUCGUGUUUCGGUUUGAAGUGGGCAUUUUGCUGGUUGUCAUCGCGUCCCUGGAAUGGAUUGUGUAUGGCACGCUUCCGUUAUCGGUGAUCCUGGUCGAAGGCUUCAUUACCGCUGUUGCAAGCUUGGCACUCACCGUGCCGCUCGAUUCUUAUUUUUGGCAAAGGUGGUUGUGGCCUGAAGGGGAAGUGUUUUAUUUCAACGCGAUUCUGAACAAAAGUUCGGAAUGGGGUACGUCGCCAUGGUACACGUAUUUUGUUCUAUUUUUGCCGAAAUUGUUGUUUAUCAGCUAUCCGUUGGCCUGGAUUGGGUUCGUCUCCCACCCUCGGGUCCGCCGAAUCAUGGUUCCUGGAUUGAUCUAUAUCGGUCUGUUUUCGUUCCUCCCACAUAAAGAAUGGCGAUUUAUCAUCUACACCAUCCCGCUUUUCACCGCAGCAGCUGCAUCCACUGUGGCUCAGGUGUCGAUUCAAUGCCGCCGUUCCCUGAUCCGCCGGCUGGCUUUCCUCUUGAUGCUUGCUGGUAUGACGAUAUCGUUGGCGGCGUCCCUAUUGAUGUUCACUAUCUCUCAGGCCAAUUAUCCAGGGGGCCAUGCUUUGCGUGACCUUCAUAUGUCGGAGCAUCCUUUGCGACCAAUCUCGGUUCACCUCGACGUCCCCACCGCCAUGACGGGCGCAUCACGGUUCGGUCAAAAAAACCGUCGCUGGCAGUAUCACAAAACGGAAUCUCACGCACACCCUGACGAUUACCUGGAAAGCGAGUACACUCAUUUGAUUACUGCCGACCCUUCGUUCCAUGAUUCCGCCUUUAAAACGGUACACGUUACGUAUGGAUACAGUGGACUACGGAUCAAAUCGAUCAAUGCCUAUUUGGAAGGUAUUACCAAGAAUCCAACAUCGUGGCAUUCAUGGGUGCCUAUCCAAGUGCGUAUCACCCCCAAAUUGUACACAAUGAAACUUGUGGAUCCUCAGACAACGUGGGUGGAUUUCACGUUACGCAAACACCCCAUGGUGGUAUACAGCAAGACGUAUUGUCCUUACUGCAACGCUGCCAAACAAUUACUCAAUCGGUAUUGUCCUGACGCCUAUUUUGUCAUUGAAGUCGAUAAGCGACCGGACGGCUUGCAAAUCAAACAAGCGUUGAUUCAACGCUCGGGGCGUCAUACGUUCCCUCAAGUCUACGUUCAGGGCAAGAUUCUCGGAGGAUAUGAUGAUUUACUCACGCUCGAAACUCAGAAAGGACUGGCGGAUCGCCUUGUAUGCGACGACGACAAGUUGGCGAAACAUUCAAACAUCGGAGGAUAG